CUUAAAUUAAAAAAUGUACUUUGAAUAAUCAAAUUUUUCUUUGAUACAGUAUUUAAUUUGGUAUAUGCUUAUGCUACUUUUAAAUAAAAAUAAAUAAAUAAAGGAAAAAUAAAAGGUUGUUUUCAGUUUGAGGCUCUUCCUCCCUUCAUAGGGCCGUGAAUACAAUUACUCUUUCUUUCUCAUUUCAUUUGCUUUGAGUGUUGUGAGGCAUUUCCAAAGCUUUAAAACUCCGAUCUUUUCAGUCUCAUAUAAGAUCUUUUCCAUCUAGAAAAGCUGUCAAACUUUUUAGUCAAAUUCUCAGAAAAAAAAUUUUUUUGGACAAAAUGAUCUCCUCAUUGAAACAACCGGUGCUGAAUUUUAAUGGGGUUGAAGUUAUGCGGCCUAAGUCUUCUCGGCCACCAACACGGCGGUCCGUUCUCCUUCCGCCACUUCCGGCACUUAAUGCUCGCCGCCGGAGCAGUUUUGUUUCACUCACAAAACCCCUUUUCGUCUCGAAGGUUGAAUCUUUCGGAACUUUGGAAAAAUCGGCUCCCGCUUGGAGUGAUGAUCAUCAUAAACAAAAGAACCACUUAGUCGUUUGUAAGGCUUAUGAAGCCGAUAAAUCAAGUCCAAUUGAGGACUCUCAGGCGCCAACCGAGACAGCAAGGAAGUUGAAAAUCGGGGUGUACUUUGCUGUAUGGUGGGCUUUGAAUGUGGUGUUCAAUAUAUAUAACAAGAAGGUUUUGAAUGCCUAUCCCUUUCCAUGGUUGACUUCAACACUCUCUCUAGCUGCUGGCUCUCUGAUCAUGUUCAUAUCGUGGGCUUUGAGGAUUGCUGAAACCCCUAAAACUGAUCUUGAAUUCUGGAAAGCCCUUUUCCCUGUCGCUGUUGCACACACAAUUGGGCAUGUGGCAGCUACUGUGAGUAUGUCAAAGGUGGCAGUUUCUUUUACCCAUAUAAUCAAGAGUGCUGAACCUGCUUUCAGUGUUUUGGUCUCGAGUUUCAUUUUGGGAGAGACAUUUCCUAUGCCCGUAUACUUGUCACUAGUCCCUAUUAUUGGUGGUUGUGCUCUUGCUGCUGUCACAGAGCUCAACUUCAAUAUGAUAGGUUUCUUGGGCGCCAUGAUAUCAAACUUGGCUUUUGUUUUCCGGAACAUAUUUUCCAAGAGGGGCAUGAAGGGGAAGUCUGUUAGCGGAAUGAACUACUAUGCUUGCUUAUCUAUCAUGUCUUUAGUAAUACUCACACCAUUUGCCAUUGCUGUGGAGGGACCAAAAGCGUGGGCACUUGGAUUUGAAAAGGCCAGUGCCCAAAUUGGACCCCAAUUGAUUUGGUGGAUGGCUGCACAGAGUAUCUUCUAUCACCUCUACAAUCAGGUGUCUUACAUGUCACUAGAUGAGAUCUCUCCUUUGACAUUUAGCAUUGGGAACACCAUGAAACGUAUAUCUGUCAUUGUCUCAUCCAUCAUCAUCUUCCGCACACCUGUUCAGCCUGUCAAUGCUCUUGGAGCUGCCAUCGCUAUCCUGGGAACUUUCUUGUAUUCACAGGCUAAGCAAUGAGGAAUGGAGUUGGGUUCUGGCAGACAGUUAAAGUGACUGCCGUGCUAUUUGAAGUUUUGUUCCUAGAGAAGUGUGGAUAAGAGAGGCUCAUGAACCGAAUGAAGAUUGAGACCAAAUUAGCCAACCAUUAGUUCUACUUUGUAGAUAAUAAUAAUAAUAAUAAUAAUAAUAAUGAAUUAAGUAUGACCUUAAAUUUUAUACAGUAAAUUAGGCAAGUGUAGCUUGGUCUCUUUGCAAUUGAUUGGAAGAAGAAAGAGCAGCUUGAAUAAAACAGUGGGAUCUGAGUCCGACUGAGGGGGACCAAGUUGUUGCCUAAAUGGAUAUAUUCUGAAUUCAGAUUUUGCCCAAAACAUUGAGUAUUAUAUUGCAGAUUUAGUAAUUAAUAUUCUAAAAAUGAAUGAGCUUUCUGGCUACUUUGGUUGCCUAACUAUUGGCUUCCUAGUACGUGCUCUGCUUGGUUGCAACAAAAGUCUUCGAACAGGAACUGUGCAACUUACAUCUUUUCUGCUUAUGAAGUUUUUGCACCUCUUUAUCUCACUUCUGCUCAACCUAAACUUCAACUUGUUACUCGUGAAUGGGAUUGGACUAUGGAAAUUUGAGGUUGGCCAUGAAGUCUAUGCAUUCUAAGCCAUGAUGGUUAUUUUUACUGCAGGUGGACAAAAACCAAACACUUCCAAAACUACUAUUUUUUUACACCUAACAGUAGAAGAUGAUAAAGUUUUGAAUAUUAAAACGGUAGCUCAGAAACAGGAAAUUGAACAGAGUCUCAAAAACAUGCAAAUAUCAAAGGUUGUUCCUCCUCCUUACCUGGGUUGAGUUGAUGAAACUGGGUCGAAAAAACGAGCGCGCCUUGUAACCAUGAAUAAAGAGGAGGAGGAGGAGGAGGAGGAGAAUAUAUGUAGUUGAUUUUGUAGGUUUCAUGCAGAUGGAAGUUGAAAAAUUCAAG